AAUUUGUUUUUAGCAAAAUCAAAGUGAAAGAAUAGCAAAGUGAAUCCGUACAAAAAUUUGCAUUUCAAUUUAAUUUUUUAAACAAUAAUUUAUAUAAAUUAAAGCACAAAACUAACUAAAAGACUGUUUUUCUUAUUCACCAUGGGUUGCGCUUGCUGUAAAGAUAGCUCCGAAGAAUCGGAAUUAAUGCCAUCAGUUGAAACCCGAAGAAGACUUCAAGAAGAAGCUGCUGAAAAACGUCGACAAGAAAACGAACAGCGAGGUAUAAAAGAUCCGGAAAAAUUCCGAAGACAAAAAGAACGUGCCGAGGAGCUGGAACGACGCGAAAGGGAAGCCGCUAAACAAGGUGGUGCUCCUGUCUUGAAGUGGCAGCAAGAUUAAACUAGGAUUAUAGCCAACUCUAUAUCACAUCAUCAUCACAGCUAAAGUAUAUCACACCAAAUAAAUAAAAAACUAAUCCAAACAAACAUUUGUUUGUGCGACUAACAUAAUCGAGUUUUUAAGGGUAAUCCUCUUAAUCUAUUUUUAUACCUAAAAAGCCCAACAAAAAAAACAAGCCAAUUGGGCAAUCCAAAGUUGUUUCGACUUUUCUAGUAAUUUUUAUACUACGCUUUGUUAUACGUCGUUUUGUAGGUAUUAUUACCGUUAUUACUAUUGUAUUUGUUAUAUUAUUUGUUAAUUUUUAAAAAAUUUAAAUAAAAAUUUUAUUCUUGUUCUUAAUAA